CACUGAUGGUAAAACCUGCACCACAGCUCCAUGUGGCCACAAGCCAACGUCAGCCGUCAGCCUCACUUUCAGCUGCAGAGGAGACAGUUUAAUUGGAUCAAUAAAAAUCAUUUCUGGAAGCAUGCAGAUCAAAAGAUUGUGUUUUAUGAAGACAAAAACUUCCAGGGUCGCCUUUACGAGUGCAGCAGUGACUGUCCUGAACUGAACUCCCACUUCAGCCGCUGUAACUCCAUCCGUGUGGAGAGCGGGGCCUGGGUUAUCUUCGAGAGGCCGAACUACCUGGGCUACCAGUACAUCCUGACCAGAGGAGAGUACCCAGACUUCCAGCGCUGGAAUGGCUACAAUGACAGCAUCAGAUCCUGCAGGCUGAUACGACAUGUUUCUGGCACGUUCGCAAUUCGUAUCUUUGAGCGUCCUGACUUUGCAGGUCAGAUGUUGGAGUUCACCGAGGAUCUGAGCUCCCUGCCCGACCACUGGCACUUCAGCGAGGUGCACUCUGCUCAGGUGAAGGACGGCGCCUGGGUCUUCUACGAGCUUCCAAACUUCCGUGGCCGGCAAUACCUGCUGGAGAGAGGAGAGUAUCGCCGCUUCACAGAGUGGGCCGCCAUGAACCCCAACGUGGGCUCCCUCCGCCGCGUCCGCAGCUUCUAGACAGUCCCCCUUUAGUGUGUUUUUAACAUAAGUGUUGUUUGGAGGUUUAAUAAAACAGAUGGUGCUCAUAUGUUCAUCCUUACAUGUUCUGGUUUUGUAUUUGAUUGAUGUGAUUCAGAAGAAAUGUUGUGCAAGUUAAUAAGUGAAGAUGAUCUGAAUCCCUCCCAGUGAGACAUUUCCAUUCAGCUGCUUUAAAAUAAUGUAAGAAUGAGUCUUUGCUGAGGAAAUGCUCAGAUUUAAAAGCUGUAUAAAUGAAUAAAGCUGCACCAACCACAGAGAUGAGCUAUGCUGUCGACUGAAAUCGGUUUUGUUCUGCACACCAGCUGACGACAUUUAAAGAAAUUAUAUUAUGAGAAUUCACAAUAUUUCUAUAUUUGAAAGAAAGUCAUCACAAUAAAGUUUCCUUA